AUGGCGGAGGGACCACAAACAAUAUGGCAGAAAAUCGACAGCUCCGUCAUCCCCGUUGUGAACCUCGAAGUGCGGGAGGUCCGGGAGAUACUAUGGGAGAAGAUAAAGGAGCCUACAUCUCAGAGGAAGAUCAUUCUAGUAAUAGUGUCCAUAGCUCUUUUACUAGACAAUAUGCUUUACAUGGUCAUCGUACCGAUCAUACCCGACUAUUUACGAUACAUCGGAGCAUGGGGCGAAGCGGCGUAUGACCAUGUCGUAACUCUACCGCCAAUCCAAGAAGGUAAUAGGACCAUAAUACCGACUAAAAUCAUCCCAGCCUCGCACGAAGGUCAAGACUCAGCGACGGGAGUACUAUUCGCUUCGAAGGCUAUUGUGCAGCUGAUGAUAAAUCCUUUUUCCGGUGCCUUAAUCGAUCGUAUUGGAUACGAUAUACCGAUGAUGAUAGGGCUCAUCAUAAUGUUUCUGUCGACUUCAAUAUUCGCAUGUGGACGAAGUUACAGCAUGUUGUUCUUUGCGAGAAGUCUACAAGGGGUGGGUUCUGCUUUUGCAGAUACUUCAGGACUAGCCAUGAUCGCUGAUAGAUUCACUGAGGAAAACGAACGAUCAAAAGCUUUGGGUAUCGCUUUAGCGUUUAUAAGCUUUGGGUGUCUCGUAGCUCCACCUUUUGGCGGCGCGCUAUAUCAAUUUGCUGGAAAAGAGGUUCCUUUCCUCAUACUUGCACUGAUAUCGUUGAUGGACGGUUUCAUGUUGCUUCUUGUAAUGAAACCUUUAAAAACUCAAAUGAAAGAAGCAUCUGAGCCAAAACCUCCUGGUACCCCUAUUUGGAAAUUAUUGAUGGAUCCAUACAUAGCGGUUUGUGCUGGAGCUCUUAUGAUGUCUAACGUCGCAUUGGCCUUCUUAGAACCAACUAUCUCUCUGUGGAUGGAAGAUAACCUAACAAAGGAUAACUGGAAGAUCGGAAUGAUUUGGUUACCGGCAUUCUUCCCUCACGUGCUCGGCGUAAUAAUAACUGUAAAGAUGGCAAAGAAAUAUCCACAGCACCAGUGGUUGAUGGCAGCUGGAGGUUUAGCGUUGGAAGGCUUAUGCUGUUUCAUUAUUCCAUUCGCAAAUUCUUACAAAAUGCUUAUGAUACCAAUUUGCGGUAUUUGCUUUGGCAUUGCACUUAUUGACACAGCCUUGUUACCCACUCUCGGUUAUCUUGUAGACGUUCGUUAUGUCUCUGUAUAUGGAAGCAUCUAUGCCAUAGCUGACAUAUCAUAUUCUUUCGCCUACGCUGUUGGACCUAUCAUAGCUGGCGAAGUAGUCGAGAUGAUAGGAUUUACUGCACUUAAUCUAUUUAUUGCAUUUAGUAAUUUACUUUACGCUCCUGUAUUGAUGUACCUCAGGCACAUUUACGACUUUAAGCCCUUCGAGAAUGAAGCGAAUAUUUUAAUGGCUGAUCCACCUGACAAGGAGUAUCAAACUUACAGUAUGCAAGAUCAAAGGCCAGUAAACGGUGAAUUUAAAAACCACUUAGAAUACAGCAGCGUUCCAGGUCAGGGUGACUCGAUUCAGGAAUCCAACGUUGAUCAGUCAAGAUAUGACUACCAAGAGGGUUAUCAAAAUUACUCUCAAGGUUAUGAGCAGCAAGGUUUCCAGCAAGAGGCUUACAGUCAGCCUCGUCAGUUGCCAGCGCAACCACAGCCGACGGCAAGCAAUCCAUUCAGGGCGCCGGGAGCUGGACCCGCGCCCGCUUCGGCGCCAACACCAGCGCCUACACCUGCUCCAACACAGAAUCCGAUCAGGAACCCCUUCCGACAAGGCUUCUAG